CCUCGCGCUCUCGCCACGUGGGACUGAUUGGCCGCGCCGAGUCACGUUGCCGCGCGGCUCCGGCUCCACGAGGCCGGCGCUGCACCAUUGUUUCGGAGCAGCGCCUCACAAAGCACGGCGCGCGGACCGGGGGAGAGGACCUGAAAAGCGACACACAUACACGCGCAUACAGUGACAGAGCUGCACAUGAUUUAGGAGACAUCCGCGCCACGAUGUGUUAAGAAAGCGGAGAAGUCGCCGUAGGAGCUGCGCUCUGCCGGGAGAAGCUGCGUGUCCGUAUAACCGCUCGCAUCGCGCCGCUUUCACACCAUGAUCAUCGGGCCCGGACGCCGUGGCAGCUCCUAACUUCGUCUUCGUGCGUUUCGAGGUGGAGUGCGUCACCAUGAGCGGGAUUCUCAAGAGGAAGUUUGAGGAGGUUGACGGCUCCUCGCCGUGUUCUUCCUUGCGGGAGUCUGAGGAUGACGUCUCGAGCAGCGAGAGUGGGGACAGCAGCGACAGCGCCAACCCCUCAACCUCCGGCCACUUUACACCCACCUCUAUCCUGAAGGGGGAGAAGCGAUCGAGGACGAGAAAGGUGCAGUUUGAGACCGUAACCGUGUACUACUUCAGCCGCCGCCAGGGUUUUACCAGUGUGCCCAGCCAGGGCGGCAGCACCCUAGGCAUGUCAAGCCACCAUUGCAGGGUGCGCCAGUACACUUUGGGUGAGUUUGCCCUGGAGCAGGAGCGCUCUCACCGGAACAUGCUCCGAGACCACCUGAAAGAGGAGAAGCUCAACGCCAUCAGGCUAAAGCUGACAAAGAAUGGUACUGUGGAGUCAAAGGAGGCCAGCGUGCUCACUGUGGAGGACAUCUCUGAUGACGACAUUGACUUGGACAACACGGAGGUAGAUGAGUACUUCUUCCUGCAGCCGCUCACCACCAAGAAGAGGAGGGCCCUGUUGCGGGCCUCAGGAGUCAAGAGGAUCGACGUGGAGGAGAAGCACGAGCUGCGGGCAAUCCGCGUGUCCCGAGAGGACUGCGGCUGUGACUGCAGGGUCUUCUGUGACCCGGAGACCUGCUCCUGCAGCCUGGCGGGCAUCAAGUGUCAGGUGGAUCGCAUGUCUUUCCCAUGCGGCUGCUCUAAGGAGGGCUGCAGCAACACGGCCGGCCGGAUCGAAUUCAACCCCAUCCGGGUACGGACUCACUUCCUACACACCAUCAUGAAGCUGGAGCUGGAGAAGAGCCGGGAGCAGCAGCAGGCCUGCACCGUCAACGGUUACCAUGGCGAGGCCGGCGACACCCAUGGCAACGACCCCGCGCAGUCCCAACACAGCGUGGAGUACUCCCUUCCGGAUGCUGUCCCUCAGGCUGCGGUUGUGCACCUUCAGGCGGCCGAGGAGAUGGACGAGCCCGCAGAGGAUGAAGACGAGGAAGAAGAAGAUGAGGAAGAGGAGAACGAUGAAGAUGAGGACGACGGCAGCAGCCUGUGCAGCGGUCUCACCGACUCCAGCACUCAGAGCCUGACCCCCACUGACUCAGAGGAGGAGACUGACGACCACGAAGGCAAGGUGAACGAGUUUGAGGAUGGCUCGGCCACAGCCCCUCUGACUCACGCAGAAGUCGUGCCCCUCUCCACAGUACUGUGUUUCCCCGCUACGACGACAGCGCAGGAAAACCACAGUAACAGAAACAUGUACUUCCCCAACCCGUCGGCUGAGUACUAUCAGUGCCAUGAGCUUCAGAGCUCCGGUUCCAUGACCAGCGUCGCCACGGGCAGCCAAAGCAGCGAGUCCUUUGGGAAAGCAUCCCCAUUUCAGGACGGAGUCGCCAGCGGCAACGCAACACUGAGCCUCGAGUCACUUGGUGCGGCACCUGAGAGCUACACCGAGUACUCUGAGCCGACUCAGGGCCGCUACGCUGGCCACCAUUUCCCACUGACCAACGGAGCGCCAUCGGUCAUUGUGUGCUGCUCACCUGACCGCGAGGCCAGCGUCUCCUUGAGCGCAGGGUACCAUGACCCCGUGGCUGGACACGCCCACACAGACUUCCAGAACUACUUGAACGGUAACGCGCCGGAGUGCUACAGCGGGAAGGACAGCCAUUGCCCAGCGGACCCGGCAAACAAGCGGCGCGAAGGGUCUCUAGCGGAGGGCAAGACGGGCUCUCCCUCUAUAGAGCACCUUUCACAAGUCACACUUGUCUAGUUCUUUCGAGCUUCGUAUUUUAUUUUUCAAACUUAAGGCCCUCCAGGUUUCACUUAAGUCAAAAAUUCAUUUUUAAAUCAGUUUAAUUUAAGCACAAGUUUUAGUCGUUGCUUUUGCUCCAUUUUUUCCAUUAAGUGAAACAAGUGGCACAUGGAAUUUUUGACACUCUGGAUACAGACUAUACAUGUAUGUACAUUAAACAUAUUUCCUGUGAAAUGUUGAAGCAGAACAAUACAGAAAAAAGCAAUCUGUAUGCUGUAGGCUUGUGCAAUGUACUGUAACGAUCGAAAAGUUCUAGUUUUCAUCAGAUUCUGCGUAUAAAAUUUUAUACGUCUGUGUCCGCCGGGGGGAAAGGUCUAUUGUGCGGUUUAUUUAUGGAGUUAUGAAGUGCUUGUGAAAAUUGUAAAUGUUUUGAUAAUUGAAAGCAUGUUAUUUUUUCAGCUGUCUAUAGCUUCUAUGAGCAGUGGAUAAAAAUGGUUUAUAAAACUCUGUAUCAGUGUACUGUACAACCAGUAUCGUUACAUUAUCACCUAUUUGUGCUUUCGGUACUUUUUCAGCAUGUGGCUUUUUGUGGUUUUCUCCUGCUUUCGGUUGAAAUACCAAAAGCUCUUGUUUAAUUACACAUUGGAAAAAGGGGAAGAGUAUUUGCACUUUCAUGGACCUUGAGUUGCCAUGUAAUUAUUUUAAUUACCAAUACUUGAAAAUGAGAGAAAUCUAUAAUGAAGAAAAUUUCUUUUUCAGGCUCAGUAUUUACUAUAAACACAUUCUUUGCAUUUGCUAGUACAAAGUUGAGCUACUUUAAUGCAGUAUCAGUUUAAUCCCAGCAUCAGUUAAAAUGCACAUGCACAUUUUCUAAAAUGAGACCUUUGUUUUGAAACAGAUUUGAAUGAAAACUACAGCAU